CCACCCUCCCCUGCGCCUGUGGGAGCACCCAUGGCAGCCAGGACCGUUGGGUGUAGCGGGGACAAGUCUCGUCCCCGGGGCUGCAGGGACACUGGGUGACAGCGGAGGGGGCUGGUCACAGUUGGAGGUGCUGCUGUGAUUUAAUCCCAGCAGGCUGCUCAGCCCCCCUCGACUGCUCACUCACACAGACACCCCCGGUGGGAUGGGGUACAAAAUGGGGAAAGAUAAAAUGGUAAAAGGGACUUAACUGACCGAUCAGCUUAAUAGGAAAAAUGUGGAUGUCCUAUAGUCCAGGGUAUCCCGGGGGUGGGGGGGGGAGAGGGGGAGUGCAGAGCUGUUCCAUCCACGUCCCCUCCCAAUUUCUAUGCACCCCCAAUGCUCUCACUCGCUGGUGGGGCAGCAGGAGGAGCAGAAAUGUCCUUGGAGCUCUGUGAACAUGGCUCAGCCAAGAUCAGACGCUCCUGGGUUAUCAGCGCUGCUUUCAGCACAACUCCAAAACAGUCCCGCCCUGGCUCCUGUGGCAAAAUGACCUCUAUCCCAGUCAAACCAGUACAGAACCCAGGGGACCUGGAAGCUGGGAACAGGUGCAAGGUGCUGGGGAAACCAGGCACAGCGAGUUUGGGGUGGGUGUGGGGCAGCUGAGGUCAUGGUGUGUCCACGGGCAUGGGGACAGGGAGGGGACGGCAAUUGUCCUGUGUUUAAUUUGCCGGCACAAAGAGCCGGCUCAGCUGGCAGCGAGACCCUUCCCAAGGGCGAAUGGCUCCGGGGCAGAGGCAGUUCGGCGGGGUGCUGGCUGUGGGACCCCCGUGUCGCCCCUUCACGCUCCUCACCCGAAUCCACCCGACGCGUGCUGCCUGCGCUGCCCGUGCCUCCUCCGCCCCCUGCCCGCCCCGCAGCUGAACUCCCGGCCCCGGCCCCUCCGCACCCCGGCAGAUGCGAGCGGAGGCCCCGGAGCAGAUGGCAACAUUUGGUAGCCGAGUGGUCCCUGCCUGCGGGACUUUGCUGGGCUGUGCUGGCCAUCCCUCCUGGAAGCCCCCUCCUCACCCAGCCAGGGCUAGGCUCUAGCUAGCCUUGACUGCGAGCCAGCACGUGCCAGGGGGUGCAGCACGGAUCCCAGGGUGGGCACACUGCCCGUGCCAUGGGGGUGACAGGGUGGCAUGGAAAGACUGACAGCCCAGAAAAGCAGGGGUCUGUCCUUGAGUGAGGCCCUAGUGAGACCCACCCCCUAAUAUCUUCCAUGUGUGAGCAGUGGGGAUGGUCUGCCUGGGCAGGGGGUGGCUGCUGCUCCAUUGCUGGGGGACAAGGGGACCCCCUCACUCCAGGGACUGCUGGCCACCCUAUUUGAGAGAGUAUGACCCCCAGACUUGGGGACCUGCUGGCGGGUCUCAGCCUGGACCCUGGCAGCCCCAGCCCCAGCCCUAUUUGCAUUCCAUUUCCAUGUGAAAGGAGCAGGUCAAGUUGAAAGUGGAAAGGCUGGUGGGGGGCAGCAGGGAAGGGGCCGCUGCCGGAGGUGAGACCCCAACAAAAGGGCCGGAUCCCCAGGGCCCAGUGCUUGCCUGGCCAUGGGCUGCGGCCACGGCCCCACGGCAGCCGCCAUCUGCGGGUCUGUGCCGCCGCCACCACCGGCCAGACAAAGGCCCCGUGCCCGGCAUGUCCCCAUCUGUCACCUCCCUGGCUCCCGGAUCCCCGAGCAGAGACCGAGUGUGAACAUCCGGGUGCAGGGAACAUCAUUCCCUCUGCCCACAGGGAAUGGGGUGAUGCUGGGUGCAGCGGGUGCCUCCCCAUUCUGUCCCCGUGUUCCUUCUGGAGCAGCUCUGUGGAGCUCUUGCUGGGGAAACUGAGCCAGGAGCAGGUGGUGGUUUAUCCUGGGGCACGGCAACAGGCUGCAAUAAAACACUGGGAGUUAACACUCAAGAUGAAGGGGUUGGGGAGCUCUCAGGUCUGUGUGGGGGUGCCCACCGUGCCGAGCCCCAGCCCUGCGGCUUGGCAGGUGUUGCCAGGCACCCGUAGCUGCCUCCACCCAGCACUUCCAGGGGGGAAUUGGCUGCUGAGUGUGUUUUCUGCUCGCUGGCAGCUUAAUUUAACAUCCAGGAGGUCCUGGCAGUGGCACGAGGGUGUCUGUAGAAGGUGGGAGCAAAGGCACUGCCAGCACCUCGUUGUCCUUCUGCUCACAAACACCGUCCCUGUGUUCAGGGGCAGCGGUGGGGAUGCUGGGGGAGCAUUCCUGCAGGAGGCUGUGCUCCCGGGGCAUGUCCUGAGCUGCUCCCGGGGAGGGCGAGGCUUGGGGCGCUGCCGGAUCCAACGCCCCGCUCCAACGGGCCAGACGUGCCCGAGCAGCUCCUGCACCUCCUGCCUGUGCCCGCACGGCCUCGGCACCCGUGGGGGACGCAGCCCCCGGGCCCUGCCCUCGCCUACCGACGGGGAUUUUCUAGCUGAGCCCGUUGUGUGAAUCUGGGCUCAGGGCAGCCCUCUGGCUCCCAGACUGUGCUUCCCUUGGCCCCUCUCCCUCCACCAGCUCCUUGUCUUGCUGCAGGAGUGUUUGAACAAUGCAGGGCUGUAACCGAGCUCUGCAACAUGAGCCAAAUGCUCAUUCCCUCUGUGCAGAGCUGAACAGAGAUGCCUGUACCAUGGGGCAGGAGCCACCCUGCCUGGGCUGGGUUCAGACCAGCAGGUCCAAGUGGCUGCAGGCUUGGUGACCCUGUCUGUCACCUCCCUUCCUGCUAUCCAGUUUAUUUUCCUAUGUUUUGGAGUUUAUUGCUGCUGGGUGAGCGGAGAAACAAGAUGAGAUUUCCAAAUGAGAGUAGGCCGUGCCAACUGACCAUACCAGUGACAUGAGGGAAUCUGGGUGCCCACAUCAAGGCUGGGAAUUUCCCCUGUGUCCCUGAAGCCCUAACCCAGCACCAGCACCCUCUGCCCACAGCGAGCAGCGACAUCCAGAAGCAUUUUGGAUUUGUCACUGUGAGCACCUCGGGCCGUGUGUGCAUCCAGGCUGCCAGGCCGGCACCGCGGGCUGGACCGGCAGCUGGGACGUCACCGGGCACCCGUGACGCAGCUGGCACGGAGGAAUGCCCCGUGCUUUCCAUCCCAUGCGAGCGCUGAUUUGCCUCGGAGGGCGUCCUCGCCCGGCGCUGACUCAGCGGAGCCGCCGCAUGCAGAACCGCUCCAGCACCCGCCAGCCGCCAUCGCGCCGGGACACCGGCAGGACGUGGUGGGGACAGCAGGACACCGUCGGGACACCCUCGGAAAGAGAGCAGGGAGAAGAAGGGUGGCAGCUGAUCCGUGCCGAGGAGGCUCCCCCGCUGCAGGGCCAAUCCAGGUGAGCGGGUGACGGUGGCAGCUGCCGGCUCGGGGCUGCCACGGGAGCGAGCGAGGCCACAGCACAGCGGCUCCGCCCUGCCCACCACCGCGCCUGCCGACGGCGCCCGAGCCCCUCGCUGCCCGUGGCGGCCGCUCACCCGUGUCCCGCUGCCGGCACGGAGGAUGCCCGUCGAGGCGCUGCAAGCCGGUGACACCAUGAAGGGGGUGACGGUGCCUUUCACCUCGGCCAUGCCCGUCCGUAUCCUCCGCAAAGGGCCCGCGUAUUUCCGCCGGCACGCCGAGCCGGGGGCCGGGAAGCCCAGCGCAGUGGAGAGGCUGGAGGCCGACAAGGCCAAGUACGUGAAGAGCCAGAAGGUCGCCAGCACCAAGCAGGAGCCGGUGAAGCCGCUGCUGCUCAAGCAGCCCCUGUUCUCCCCCGGGGCGCGCCGGGCUGUGCUCACCCCCAGCCGCAGGGCGCCCCCGGGGCCGCGCCGCGCCGACGCUGCCAGCCCGAAGACCUCCCUUGACCUGGAGAUCCUCAACAACCUCAUCAACCUCUGUGACAGCCCCUUCCCCAAGGCGGAGAGCCCGCUGGGCAGGGAGUGCAGGUGGCGGGCGGAAGCGCCGGCCGUGGAGGCGGCUGUGAAGCCACCGGAGAGCCCGGCCGCCACCAAGCCCCCCGGCAGUGUGGCCGUGCGGAGGGUGGACGUCCGUCCCUGUGCGGCUCCGCGGAGCCCAGCGACACCGCUGCCCGCAUCCCCCAUGCCGGCUGGGCUGCCCGUGACCCCGUCGCGGGGCUCCCCCGCCCGCCCGGAGAGCGCCCGGCGGCAGCCGCUGCUGCACCGCUCCAAGUCGGACCUGAGCGAUCGGCUCUCGCGGGCCACCGCCGACCUGGAGCGCUUCUUCAACUACUGCGGCCUCGACCCCGAGGAGAUGCAGGACAUGGGCGCCGAGCGCUUCGCCCGCGCCAGCUCUGACAUCGUGUCUCUCAAGUUCCACAGCGUGAGCACGGCCAGCUCGGAGGGCGGCCGCUCGCCGCCCAGCGCCGCCACCCCCGAGGGCCGGCCGGCGGAGCGGGUGCCCUACGGCAUCUCCAUCAUCGAGCGCAACGCCCGCGUCAUCAAGUGGCUGUACGGGCUGCGCCAGGCCAGGGAGCCCCAGCAGGUCUCCGAUGUGUAGCAGUGCCGUGCUGGGCACCUGGGAUGGGUCGCUCAUAGGCGGGCAGUGCUGGAUGGGGACAAAGCGCUGGGAGGAGCAGGGAGCUCUUGGUGGUGACAGGACCCCUGAACUCAGCCCUGCUGUGCCACAGCAUCACUGGCCUGAUGUGGCCAGGGAUCAGACCCCUGUGCCAGCACUGGAGGACCAGAGCCCUGCAAGCUCGUGGGAAGGCAGAGGACACGUGUCCCUGGGUGUGGGGCUGGUCCUCAACACCCACAGGGCCUCAUGUGCGGCUGCCCUGCCUGUACUGCUGGCAGCUCCUGCCUGUCCUGCUCCUCACCAGCACCCUGGGGUGGGGUGCAAGGGGCUGGGUCCCCCUGCGUGGAGCAGGGACCCUGCACCAGUGAAGGAGCUGCCCCCUUGCAGCCUCCACAGAAGGGGUCCCACUGCCUGGGGUGGUGGCCACAUCCUGGUGGUCCCAUCCUAUUGCUGAAGAAAAGCCUGGUGCUUUGAGGGGUGACGGAGCAACCUGACCCCUGCUUCAAGCUGCCCAGGGCUGUGUGUCUGUGUGAGUGUCUGUGGGUGCCUGUGCUCCCCUUCCUGGCUGCCAGUGGGCAAGAAGUCCCCACCAUGCUGGGCCUGGUAUUUAUGAAGACAAUUCCUUUUUUCUACUGUUUUCCUUAUGUUUGGUCUGUAAAUAAUAAUAAUAAUUACAAUGCAGCCAGUUUUAUUAAACACCUGUGUUUUGGA